UCGUUCGGUUCAUCUGUCGUCGUCGUUUGUUUUCGCAUCGGUUUAGUUCGCGUUGCCACUGGAUGGUUGUGCAACUAAUUUCCUUCGUUUGAAAAUGUUCCGAUUUCGUUAGUAAUUCCCAGUAAACUAUUGCCAAAAAUGUCCAUUCGGUGCAGUAAAGUUAAUCUAAACCUUUUGAGAAGUGCAAUCGGUGUCUACCGCAACUACUCCCACCUCGCCGGCAAUGCGCCGAAACUGUUCGCUUCGGCCUCCGAAAGGCACCCGAUUGUUCCGGUCCGAUUCGCCAACAACCUGUUCUGGGAGAAGGACCGCAAGGGAGGGUACGACACCACCAAGAAGGUGUCCCGCAAGCAGCUGAUCCUGGACGGGUUGAAAGAGCUGCGGCAGGAGUUCGCGCUGUUCAACAAGGAGUGGAAGGAGAAGUUGGCCAGCGAUCCUCUGGUAGUGUUCCGGCCGGGUGAGACGGAUGUGGUGUUUAACUUUGAGACGGAGAAGGACCUGGACCGGUGGGUGCUGACGACGGAUAAGGACCACAAUGAGGGGUUUACGGAGGCCAAGCUGGAACUGAGUCCGGCCGGGUUUGGGUUGUUCCACGGGACACUGGAGAGUCGAGUGCCGAAGGAUGGGCGGAUUAAGCGGUCCGGGUAUGCAAAUAUAAGGAGCGUCCGGGUCAGGAAAUCGUUCAAGCGGGAUGCGUUCUACGACUGGGAGCAGUACAACACGCUGGUCAUGAGAGUCCGCGGAGAUGGCCGCUCGUAUCUGAUAAACCUGGCAUCCGAAGGCUAUUACGAUAUCCUGUGGAACGAUAUCUAUCAUUAUGUGCUGUUCACGAGGGGCGGUCCCCACUGGCAGUAUGUGAGGAUUCCGUUUUCGAAGUUUUUCCUGGCCUCCAAAGGCCGGGUGCAGGACAGCCAGGGACCGGUUCCGUUGAAUAGGAUCAGCAGCAUAGGAUUUUCGGUGGGAGCGCGGGGUGGCCACGAGGGCCAGUUCCGGUUGGAGUUUGACUACAUUGGAGUUGAGUACGAUCCCAGUCACAGAGAGGAGUUCGCCUAUGAAAUGUACAAACAGCCAAAGUACAUUGUUGCCACUUAAGAGGCAAAUUGUUGAAUACACUUUCGUUUUGGAA